AUUGAUCCUCUCCCUCUCUGUCGUUCUCUCCCACCGUCGCCGUCCUCUCUGCAGUCGUGUCUCUCUUGUCCGGCCACAAUUCCCUCGUCCGUAGCUGGCGAGCGGCGGAUGGCGCAACCACCGCUUAGUGCUCCGACGAUCCCAGCUUAUUCGUUGCCCCGUCGUUGCCUUUUCCGAUCGACGAACACGACCGACGUCUGGUGGUUGAGCAACCGGCGGUGGCAUGGAACGUGCACUGCCUUUUGAUUUUGUGGUUUUCCCUUUGUGCAUCGGCAUAUACUUUGUUGUCUAUUGUGUUGAUAUACGAAAGAAGCAAUUCCAAUUUAUGCACAGUUUUCCUGAAGUGUGGGAAAAAUAACAGUACAAACUGAUGGGGAAGAAAUUUGUCCAGUACGUCAUUGCUUUUUGUGGCUGGCAAGUGAAGUGAGAGAUAAAUUUCGAUAAGUUCACA